UCCCAAUCAAUCCCACCAAAUUCAAUCUCAUCAUCCCCACACUCUUUUUCUACAAACUCAUGCUUACAUUCAUCACCUACUAUUUCUAACAAUACUCAUUAUACAACUAACUCCUUGGUAUUAACUCCCUUAUCUGCAAUCCAAAACCCCCCAAAUUUGCAUGUAACAAACAAUCUCAACCUCAAAACACAAUCUUUACAAAAAGCCCACCAAAGAUUUUAGCUUAAUUUCAAGAAAAAUGGCUUCUUUGUUGCUAAAUGGAGCUCAUUACCAAAAUCUUGAAAAAACCCCAAAAGGGCUUGAAUUAGGAUUUAAUAGGUCUAAUUUGCAUGGCAGGACUAAUUUAAGCUACACCCAGAUCAAUUUUGUUAAUAAAGUUUGUAACUUUAAAUCCAAGAAUUUAAUUAGGCCAAAAUGUAGUGUUUCAUCAUCAGUGCCUAGGCCAGUUUCACAGCCAAGAUUUAUACAACAUAAAAAAGAGGCAUUUUGGUUUUAUAGGUUUUUAUCAAUAGUGUAUGAUCAUGUGAUAAACCCUGGACAUUGGACUGAAGAUAUGAGAGAUGAAGCACUCGAACCGGCUGAUCUUGAUAACCCGGGUUUGGUUGUGGUUGAUGUUGGUGGUGGGACUGGUUUUACUACUUUAGGAAUUGUGAAAAGUGUUGAGGCUAAGAAUGUGACUAUUUUGGAUCAGUCUCCUCAUCAGCUGGCUAAAGCUAAGGAAAAACAGGGUUUGAAGGAAUGUAGGAUUAUUGAAGGUGAUGCUGAGGAUCUUCCGUUUGAGACGGAUUAUGCUGAUCGAUAUGUGUCUGCUGGAAGCAUCGAGUACUGGCCAGACCCUCAACGAGGCAUCAAAGAGGCAUACAGGGUUCUGAAGAAAGGGGGGAAGGCUUGUCUAAUUGGUCCUAUUUAUCCUACAUUUUGGUUGUCUCGUUUCUUUGCAGACAUGUGGAUGCUCUUUCCAAAGGAGGAAGAGUACAUUGACUGGUUUGAAAAGGCAGGAUUCAAAGAUGUGCAGGUAAAGAGGAUAGGCCCAAAAUGGUAUCGUGGUGUUCGUCGCCAUGGGCUCAUCAUGGGUUGCUCUGUUAGUGGUGUCAAAACGGACUCGGGGGAUUCUCCAUUGCAGCUUGGUCCCAAAGUAGAGGACGUAGAGAAGCCUGUUAAUCCAUUUGUAUUCCUUGUACGUUUCCUUCUUGGUGCAAUGGCUGGAGUCUACUAUGUACUUGUUCCUGUUUACAUGUGGCUCAAGGAUCAGAUAGUGCCGAAAGGUCAACUAAUAUGAGAGAGUAAUAAAAGCCCUGUAUGGUGCAGAGUGCUUAUGACGGUUUUUAGUUUGUGUGCAAUGUUAUCUGGUUUUUAAGUUCGAGUCAAAUGUUUAAACUGCAUUCUAUAAUAUUUGACUUUAGCCAUUUGUGUAGUCUUGGAUCAUGUUGGUUUAGAACUUAGAAGAAAUGUGUUGUGGGUUCUCAAGAAUUCUUGAAUUUGUUAUGAACUUUUUAUCUUUUUAUUGCUAACAUAUUGUGAAAUAGUA